GUGGGCUCUCCGGUUGAUUGUACAAACCAGCUGCUGGCAUACACACACACUCCACUAUUUUGCGCUUUUCACUCAUUUUUGAAUAUAUAAUCCUCUACCAUUCAUGGACAAUCAUGUCUGACGAAGAACCGAAGGUCCCCGAGGAACUUUUCAAAGAUGUCAAAUUCUACGUGGUUGGGGACAUUGACCAAAAGGUGGUGCAGCUGCUGAAAGCAGGAAAAGGCAAAGAGGUCUCCUACAAUGCCCUGGCUACUCAUAUUAUUGCAGAGGACGGAGACAGCCCUGAGGUGGGCGAAGCCCGAGAGGUGUUUGACCUGCCCGUCGUCAAGCCGUCCUGGGUGGUCCUGUCCGUCCGAUGUGGAGACCUGUUACCAGUUACUGGAUUCUCUCCAGAAUCAGGCCAGAUAUUCUUUGGUGUGACAGCUUGUCUUCCCAGGCUACCAGAUGAUCUCAAUGCCUUGUGGGCCUACAUAACAUUCUACGGUGGGGAAUGUCAGCUUAACCUCAAUAAGAAGGUGACCCACCUUGUGGUGAAGGAACCAAAGGGGGCCAAAUUUGAGUGUGCCCUCAAACAUCCUGGCAUCAAGAUCGUCACCCCAGAUUGGAUCACUGACUCAGUCAAAGACAAGGUCAAGAAGGACGAGGCCCUCUAUCACCCCCGUCUCACCUACAUUGAGCCUGAGGAGGAGGAGGAGAGCGAAGAGGAGCUGUAUGACCAGCGUUCCCAUUCAGAUGGAAGCUAUAGCCCGCGGCGCUCCCGACCGUCCAGCGGCGCCUCCUCUGGUGACGACUCCAGUCCCCACAGACGCCCGGGCCCCAAAAGGCUCAACUCCGUCUCCCCAACCUCCUCGCGCAAAUCCGAGCGGCGGGGCGAGCGCAUGUUUGACGACUCUGACGACGACUCCUCUACUGAGAAAGAGGGGAGGAACCUCAACUGGACACCGGCUGAAGUUGUCACGCCGACUGCCACCGUGGCAACAGGCACAGGCAGACGGAGGGGCAUACCACCUGGUAGCAAAGACCCAGUCCCGUCCUCUGGCAGUGGGUUAAUUAACCUGUGUGCCACUGUGCCCCCGGUGCCUGGCAGUGGAGGUCCAGCGCCUGCAGAUGGUCGUUCUGCAGCUGCUGCUUUGAGUCAAAGCACACAGCAAGGAGGUGCACCAGGGCCAGAGGGCAUGCCUGGGUGGAGCCCAGCUGCUAGAACCAUCCGGAACAUCACCAACAAUUCUGACAUGCAGCCAGCCAGUCGACCUGCAAAUGUUGCACAUAUCAUCCAGAAUCUCACAGGCAAUCAGACAAAGCCACUGGACCAGCAGACUAAUCAGAGCCAAGCCCCGACAGCCAACAAUAAUAAUCCUCUACUCUUCAACCAAUCCAAGCUGCCCGGACAGUCCCUUACAGCCGAGCAGCAGCAACAGUUGUUACAACAGCAGCAGUCGCACCAGGCCAGUCAGCAGCAGCAGCAGCAGCAGCACCAACAGAUGCCGCAGCAGCAGCAGCAGCAGCAGCAGCACACCAUGAUGCAUCUUCAGCAACAGCAUCAGAUGAUGCAGCUUCAUCAUCAACAUCAGCAGCAGCAGCAGCAGCAGCCACAGGUUGCACAACAGGGGUUCCCACAGUUGCCCCAACAACAGCAACAGUUUCUACAACAGCAGCAGCAGAUGCAUCAGCAGCAGUUGUUAACACAGCAGCAGCAGCAGCAGCAUGCGUUCUCCCAGCAGCAGCUGCGGCCCCAGCAGCUCUUACGACCCGGACUGCAGCAGCUGCAGCAGCAACAGGCUCUGCAGCAACAGCUUCAGCAGUUCCAGCAGCAGCAACGCCUGCAAAUGCUCCAGCAGCAGCAGCAGCAGCAACAGCAGAACCAACAACAGCAACAACAGUUACACCAGCAACAUCUGCAGCAACAACAGCAACAUUUCCUCCAGCAGCAGCAGCAGCAAAUGCAGCAGCAGCACAUCCAGCAGAUGCAGCAACAGCAGCAUCUGCAGAAUCAGCAGCAGCAUGCUCUGCAGCAUCAGAACCAGCAGGCCAUGCAGCAGCAGCAGCAGCAACAACAGCAGCAGCAGCAGACGUCACUGCAGCCGCCGCUCCAACAGCCUCCUCAGAUCUCUCAACUGUUUGGCCACGAGCCAGGCCAAGAAAUCCCACAGGACGGCUUCCUGCUGGGCUGUGUGUUCGCUAUUGCUGAUUACCCAGAGCAGAUGGCUGACAAACCACUUCUUGCCACAUGGAAAAGGGUCAUCCAGGCGUGUGGAGGCGCUGUGGACUCAUCCCUGACCAGCCGCUGCACCCACUUGCUCUGUGAGAGUCAGGUCAGCAGCAUGUAUGUCCAGGCACUCAGAGAGGGCAAGCGCUGUGUAACAGCCCACUGGCUCAACACCAUACUGAAGAAGAAGAGGAUGGUACCUCCUCAACGGACGUUGCACCUGCCAUUUGCUUUCCCACCCGGAGCCAAACCCUGCUCUCAGCACAUUAUAUCAGUGACGGGCUUUGUGGAUACUGACAGGGACGACCUGAAGCUGAUGGCUUACCUGGCUGGUGCCAGAUACACUGGAUACCUCUGUCGCAGCAACACGGUCCUCAUCUGCAAAGAGCCCAGCGGUCUGAAGUAUGAGAAGGCUAAGGAGUGGAAGAUCCCCUGUGUAAACGCCCAGUGGCUGUGUGACAUUCUGCUGGGGAACUUUGAAGCUCUGAGGCAGAUUCAGCACAGCCGAUUCUCCAACUACAACCAUCCUGAACCACUGGUGCCUAACCCAAUGCUCGUACACAAUCUGCUGGCUGCUUGGAGAACGCCAGUCAAAGUGGCUCCAGAAGCUUUGGCGAGCCUCCAGCUGCUCCAGAAGCAGAAGCUGACUGACUCCUCCAACCAGCCUCCUAACAAGAAGGCCAGGCUUGAGGAGAUCCAGUCCCCGAACAAGAAGCUUCCUCCAGAGUCCACCCCCCACGUCGUCUUCACAGGCUUUGAGCCCACUCAGGUGCAGCAGUACACAAAGAGGUUACAUGCUUUAGGUGGAGAGAUCGCAGAGAACAGCCAGAAAAUCACUCACCUUGUGGCCAGUAAGGUGACGCGCACAGUCAAGUUCCUGACGGCCAUCUCUGUAGUCAAACACAUCGUCACCCCGGAGUGGCUGGAGGAGAGCUGGAGGAGCCAGAAGUUUGUUGAUGAGCAGAGCUACAUGCUGAGGGACGCAGAGGCCGAGGUUUUGUUUGGCUUCAGCUUAGAGGAGUCGCUGAACAGAGCCCACAGCACACCGCUCUUCAAGGGGAAAUAUUUCUACCUGACCCCGGGCAUCUGCCCCAGCCUCAGCACCAUGAAGUCCAUCCUGGAGAGCGCAGGAGGGAAGCUGCUGCCCAAACAGCCCUCCUACAGGAAGAUCAUGGAGCACAAACAGAACAAGAACCUUCCAGAGAUCAUCCUCAUUUCCUGUGACAACGACCUGCACCUCUGCAGAGAAUACUUCCUCAAGAACAUUGAUGUGCACAACGCUGAGUUCAUCCUAACAGGAGUUCUGACCCAGAAGCUCGACUACGACUCGUAUAAAUUUACCUGAUGGCGACGGGCCAGAGACCUGCUGAGGCCCCGACCUGGACGAAGCUCCCAACACAUCAGAAGAUUCACUUUGAAACAUACAGUGCACCCAGUUUUUUCUUUCUUUCUUUCUUUCUUUUUUUUUUUUUGGUACCCUGUGUAUAGAUAUCCAGUCAUUUUUGUAGCUUUUUGUUACACAUUUGAGAAUAAAUAAAUGGAUGUUAUUUUUGUGAAAUGAAUGUUUAAAUUAUGGAAUGAUUUUAACCUUUUUCCUGUUGUUUCACUCUAAAAUAGAAUGUGUAAAGGCUCUAGUACAUUACAGGCUGCUUUUGGAAUAAAAAUUUGAGAUUUGUG